AUGGACCACGACUCAUUUUUUGACAGUUCGCAGGCAGAAUCUUGCAACAUGCCGGACAGGAUGGACACCACAAAGAAGAGUCUCACCUCACUUCCUGAUGAGCUCCUCCUGGACGUCGUCAGCUAUCUUGAUUCCAAGUCUCUCAAGAAUCUGCGAAGCACAUGCGCGCGAUUCGGGCGAUUUGUCAACCGAGCAGACAUCAUCAAGCGCGAGAGGAAGGAGAAGCUAUCACGACGUGUGAACAGAAUCUAUUUCAUCAACUGGAUGAUGGGCACGGAAAACAGUCUAAAGGACAUCGAAGAGCGGAUUGAACAGCUGAUCGAGCCAGCCAAAGCUUAUUGUGAAAGGCUGAUUGCGAUUUGCAAGGACAAGGAGGAUCUCCAAGGGGUGGAAGAGUUCACUGCAUACUUGGACAAUCAAAGGAUAGCCGAGGCGACCUACCUACUGAAUGUCUGGAUUCUCCGUUUCGUUAUGCAGAAAGACCCAGCGGAUCAAGCAAGACUGGGACGGACGGUGGAUGUUGAAUACACGUUAUAUACUCAGGGCAAUACAAGGCAAAAGCGCAAGCGAGAGCCACCUCUUGCCUCACGCCCAAAAGUCGGCCAUUACAAUCUCAACUUCGUCUAUCUUGAGCCGUUUCGUACUCCUCCCGCCAUCGACAAACACGGUCAAGGAUUGGUGGAGCGUGCCCGUCUAUCGAAGGGCAAUGACCAAAGCUCAAAUGCAACUCUCGAUGCAUUGCGCAAAGCGCUUGAGAGCCAUAUUUCUGGUAGACUGAAAGCCACCUGGUACACUAACAAGGUCGACAACAAUUGGAGCAAGCAAUUAGAUAUCACUGAUUAA